CGAUUCUGCUACAAAGUACUUGAGAAACACGAUAAUUGAUUACGGGGUGUCUUAAGUCAUAUACAUGUGAUUCCUGGGGUAACACAUACAGGAAAAAGAGAUAAAAACAACUCUUUUUGUGUUAAUUUUUGACAGAUUCUGUGUUGGGUUCCUAUAAAUGAUUCCUUUUGAUGUGAAAGAACGAUUUCUGAUUUCUUCACUUUGGUCGAUAGAAAAGAUAGAAAAUUCUCUAGAAAAUAUGCGAGAAGCAUAACAUAGUCGGUGGCAGUGAAUAGAGACCUUGUUUGCUUUUCUAUGAUGAAUGGGAGAAUGAUCAGAAGCUAAGGCAAACAUAUUAAAUCCGGUGUUGUGGAUGUGACAGUCUGUCAUUGAGGUGUAUGAUAAAAUCUGAUGAUUUUUUUGUUUGUUUGUGGUAUCAAAUUGAUAAUCUACAAGAUAAUAUUUUCCUGAACAUACUUUGGAAAAAAUUGGAACAGAGUAAAACAAAAAUGUGUUGAUUUUUUUGUUGAAAAUUUGAAUGAAGGAAUUAGGAAAGUGGAACUUUUAGGGAAUUUAAAUGACAAGCUCAUGUAGCGGGGGAGUAAUGGAGUCUCGGCUGGAAAAGUUCCAGAUAAUCUUCAACAACCCCACAGCAACUUAUCAUGUCAGUGAUACUGUGUAUGGAUAUGGCUGGAUUAUACUGAAAGAACCCAUAUUCAUUCAAAGUGUAUGCCUAGAAGCCAUCGGAGAAGCUAAAGUGGAAUGGAUGACCUCAAGUGAUAUACAGGCCUCAGAUGAAGAAGUGUUCAAUUAUACUACUGUACUGCCAAUCAAAGGGGACAAGGACAACAAUGAUGAUCUCCUACACUCCGGUUCACAUUAUUUCCCCUUCGAGUUCACCUUACCCCCUAAAUUACCAUCGUCUUUCAAGGGUAAACACGGACGGUUACGUUACUAUGUACGCAUGACGAUAACAACCCCAGGAGGGCCUCAUCACGAACGUACUAGUAAAUUUGCUGUCAUUUCAAACCUAGAUUUAAACAAGGAACCAGAUGCCUCGUUACCGGUAGAAAACGAUACGUUUGAAGCAAUAGGAUCAUGGUGCUGCGUUUCCGGAACUGUGACAGCCACAUUAAAAUUGGAAAAGAAAGGCUUUGCAGUGAAGGAGGCGAUACCUGUGUGGGCGGAGAUUAAAAAUCUCAGUACCCGUAGAAUAUGUUCAACACAAGUUUCACUAAUACAGAAUGUAACAUAUUAUUCCUUUCGAGGGCGGUUUUCGGAGUCUUCAACUCUAGUAACUAUACACAAAGGAAGCGUUGCCCCUCGUGGAAAGCAGACAUGGCAGAGGGAGUUGUUGAGUAUACCUACAGUAGCGCCCUCUCACCUGCGGGGAUGUAAAAUCAUAGAUAUACAAUAUUACAUUGAAUUAAGCAUAAAGCCUGCAGGAAUAGCUAGGAAAGUGAAACUUCCAUUAGACAUUGUGAUAGGGACCGUAGCCGUGAACAAGCUUCAGUCCCCGCGUACCUCGUAUCAUCCUCUACCCUCGACAGUCAAUGAUAACUCUUGUCCGUUCCCCUUCUUUGAGAAUGUAUCUGACCAAGUGUUUCUCACGGAUAAAUUAUGCUUACAUCAGAUGAUUCCGACAGCUCCACCUUGGGAAGAAGAUGACGAUAUUCCUUGACAUGAUUCAUGAACAAUUUUAAUUGUACUUUUUCGGGACAUUUUGUUCCUUCAUGACGGCCAGUGAUAAAAGCAGUCAAUGUUCAACAUUAUGUUUAGUGACAUAGAUGGGAGUUAUAGCUGCUGUUGUACUGCUGGACAGGUCACAUGACAGCUGAGUGAUUCUUAUUGGUUGCUGUAGAUGUCACAUGACAGAUCAUGGUAUUUUGGUUGGCUCUGCUAGAGUCACAUGACAGUACUAUAGAUUCUGAUUGGCUCUGAAGGGGUCAAAUGAUUGAUUUCAAAUAUCAGGAUUGAAUUUUGUUAAAGUGAAUAGUGGGGAAGACAUGAGUUUGUGGAGGAAGUGUGUUUUAAAAUUUCAUUUAUAUGGUAAGAGUUAUGUCAGAUGUUGUAACUGUUUACAAAUAUAUCAAAACAUUUUGUGAAACAGUUACUGAAGAUACUAUAUUUAUACAAGGAAUACCCUUACAUGUUAAAUUAUAAAGCAAAGAUCUACUUUUUGUCUUGUAAGUGGUAUUUCACAGUGUAUACAAGAUUCAGCCAGAACUUUACAGAUUUAGCUAGUGUUAAAAAAGUGAGAAAAAACACUAGUACUGUUCCCUUCAUUUUGAAUUGUGAAAUGGAAAACCAUAAAAGGUAAAAAAUCAUAAAAAAUGCAGCAAAGGAAAUAAUGAAAUGUGAAAAAGGAAAAAUUAGUAUUUGAUUAAGGAUAUAAAUUCAAAAAUUAAUUUCUGUUUAAAUGUUUUAAUAAGAGAAACAUAUUGCACAAUAUAUAAAAAAUAGCAUAUUAUGGCACUAUUGUAUGCUAAAUCUACUAACAAAAAAAACGACAACAACAAACAAGCACUUAAUGAACGGAAACAAUUCUAAAAAAAAAUGAUGGUGUGUAAAAUAUUGGAGGUCAGAAUCUCAUGAAGAUUGCAACAUAAUGUUGCAUGGUCAUGUAUCUGUCUUUUACAGUUAAAUUGUUAUUUAAAAAGAUGUUUCUGCAAAUGUUUGCUCUGUGCCAACUACUACAACUCUUAAAAAACACUAACAUAAAUUGUUGUGAUAUUGUUUUUGAGGGGAAAAUUCCAAAAAUGAAUAUGAGCUGCACCAUGAGAAAACCAACAUAGUGGCUUUGCGGCCAGCAUGGAUCCAGACCAGCCUUCGCAUCCGCGCAGUCUGGUCAGGAUCCAUGAUGUUUGUUAACAGUUUCUCUAAUUGCAAUAGGCUUUGAAAGCGAACAGCAUGGAUCCUAACCAGACUGAGCGGAUGCGCAGGCUGGUCUGGAUCCAUGCUGGUCGCAAAACCACUAUGUUGGUUUUCUCAUGGGGCGGCUCAUAUAUCAUUUUCAGUUCUGUAGAUAUGUUGAUACAUAUUACCUAUAUCAUAUCGAAGGGUGUUAUAAGUGAGUAUAUUAUUGGUCUAAAUAAAAUGUGUGAGACAUUUUGCUGGAGCAAUUAUAGAAUACAGAUGAUAUUUCAAAUUGUUUAUCUGCCAUAAAUGCUAUCUUGGUGAUUUUAUUUUUAUUUGAAGAUGCCUAACAUGGGAGUCAAAACAUGUCAUAAUUGUUUAUGUAAUAAAUCCGUGGUCAAAGUGUAAAUGUGGAAAGAACUUCCAAAUUCUUUUAUUCUUAGUGUUUCAGACAUUUUUGAUAUGGUUUAGGAUUUUUUUUAUAUUUCAUAAGUUUUAAAGACGUAACAUUUUGAGAUGUUGUAUAUGAUGAAAGUAUAUUAUGUGUGUUUUUUCAUGUAUGAAUUGUGCAAGUAUUUGCAGUAAUGUGUACUAUUACCUACUGUAACCAUAUAUUUGAUAGCAUUAUCUAAUCUAUAUAGUGAUUUAUGUAAUGAAUGUUGCAGUUGUGUUAAAGGUAAUUUUUUAGUGUUUUUGCAUAAUUCUGUAUGGAAAAUAAUUAGUUUAUAAUGUGAAAAAGAAAUGUUUGGGAAAAAGGAAUUUUAUACAUGUGUUAAAAGUCCUUAUAGUGCCAACACCAGAGGUGACAUAUUUGCUAAAAGAGAGAGUUAGCAGUAGAAAGCCUGAUUAUUGUUAUAUCAAAACUUUAUGUAGUGUCUCUCUCUUCAGUACAAAAACACAUCUGUAACAAGUGGUGCACCAUCAAAAGCUGGAAAAGUUGCCACAUGACCUAAACUGUGUUAGUGUGACUAAGCCCAGCAAAAAAAAAAGAAAAGAAAAAAAGACAAGUGGUGCACAACUAGUUCCCUUGGGAAUGAAUCUUUCAAAAUUGUACAGAUGUGCUGCAUGAAUGAAUGGUAUAUCAAAAAGGAAAUCUCUCAUUCAGGGGAUAGAUUUUUGGGAAGAAGGACAAAUAUUUGAAAUGUUGGUCUGUAUAUCAAAUUAUAUGACCAAAUAAAAAUUUGAAUAUGUAUCGUACAAUCAGAUAUACCAAGCUAUGCAAAUGCAAGUAAAUACUUUUUAAAAGAUAAAAAAAAUACCAGUUUUUAAAGUGUAUAAAGCAUUCAGAACUGUAGAAAGACACAGUGUUCCAUGUACAUUUCAAUGUUCAGUGGAAUUUCAAUUGUGGUUUUUGACAUUUUGCAAUUUUCAUGCAUUCUGUUAAAGACAAUUAAAACACAAAAUGUACCCGUUAUUGGAGAAGUAUGUUUAAGAAAUAAUAAAUAUGUGCCUAUAUUUUAUCAGUUAAUAAAAUAUGGGCAGGAGUUCGGAUGCGUAAUAAUUAAAUCACAAGUGCGUAGCACGAGUGAUUUAAUAUUCGCAUCCGAACGACUGCCCAUAUUUUAUUAACUGAUAAAAUUAUUGGAACAUAUUUAUUAUUUCGAUUCUAACCACGCAAAUUCUUCGCAUUUUACAGCACUACAUUUUAGCUCGAUAUGUCAUUCGGCUGGCCAUAUGCUAUUACAAAAACCUCCCCACGAAUGGAAAACGUUGCAUAAAACGGAAUUUUCAGACAUUCAGCAAAUUUUAAUUAAAGUAUUAAGUAGUUACUGCUUUAAAAAUGUUAUUUUCAAUAACAUCUAAAAUCGGAUAUAGAAAUCAGAAGUAAAUACUUCUUUCAAAGUUUAUAUAUGCAGUUUCUAAAAAUAGUGCACAUCACCUACAUGAUGGCACUGAAACAUACACGCCAGAACAUUGUGGCAGCAUAUAAACACGUAAACACUUGAGUCUGGAAGAUUGGAACAUUUACUGUCAAAGUAGAAUCUAGUUGACAUUUGUGGUGCCUAUAAGUUACAACGCAGAAAUUGUAAACUACACACACGACCAGACAUAGAUGCACUGGUGUUAAAGUUAAAACCAUUACCGGGCUGAAACAUUUUCUUACGGUAAAAAUAUAAACAAAUAAAUUCAUCAGUUAGAAAUUGUUUGUUUCAGAAAAUGUUAUGUACUUUUUAUUACUACUACAUAGCACUGAAAAAGUCGAGUAUUUAGUCGGUAUAUAACAGAAGCAGAGUAGAAUCUCACAGUCGUGUUACAAUCGCUAUUAAUCGUAGGGUGGAAUGGAAGAGCUAUAUUUUAUCGUAGAUUCAUGUAUAGGCGAUUUCGCUAUAUGCUUAUAUAGCAACUGCUGCGGAUCGUGUUAGAAUUUAUCAUCUUUCAUAAAAUAGUGAAUUUUUUGGGUGAACUAUUAAAAGUUCUCUUUUUGUCCUGGGCUGCCUUUCAAUGAAAUAAAGUAAUACACUCUUCUUGGGAUGAAAGAAAUUCUUAGAGAGAUAGAACUUAAAAAUGUUCAUUUCAUUUAUCAAACGAAUCCAUAACAUUUCUCAAAUCUGAUUGACAGCUAGCCUUUAACCCUUACCAUGCUGGACACGAUUGAUUCUGCCUUUGCGACCAGUGUAGAUCAUGAUCAGCUUGCACAUCCGUGCAGUCUGAUCAUGGUCUGCACUGUUCGCCAUUCAGUCAGUAUCUUUUUGGUAUACACCUUUUUAACAGUUAAUGAUACUGUACAAAUUAAAAGAUGGACAAGGGUUAAUGUAUCAGUGUAAUGACGAUCCACAGAGCUUCUGCCAGAUAAUGUCUUCUCCAUAAGCAUUUUCAGCAUUCCCUAUGUCUGUAACAAUCAAACUUAUAAAUCUAAAUUUUAGACUUGGACUUUAAAAUGCAGAAUUUUCACUUCACUUUGUCUUUCCCUAUUUAGCAUCAAAUGUAAAGAAGAUUUGCAUUAGCGUGUCCUCCAAAAAGACAAGCAGCUGUAUAUGUAUUGGCUAUAAUGAAAAUUACAGCAAACUGAAUAUUUUGAAAUCUGAAUUUCAGACUUUAUUAAACUUUGGUAGUGGUUUAUAUGUUAUGUCAUGUAAAAUGCAUAAAGAGACUGCCUUGUAAUUUUUGUAUUUUUGCAUUUAUGGAUGAAAUAUUACUAAAAACACUAAAAUAAGAGAAAUGAAAUCUUUUAAUUAUAGAUUCAUGUGUGAAAGGGCUGAACAUAUUUUGUUUCCUUUUUUUAUUUU